AUGGCCAAUUCAUCAUGUUCAUUAGAUUGGUCUCUACCUUGCACUAAAUGGUACUACACAAGAGCAACAUUCAACUUUCAUGCAUUCAUCAUCCCCAUCUGUCAUUUCCCUUCUUUCAACUCAAUUUCCACCUCAAAUCCAAAACUCUUCCAUGCAAAUUUCUCAGCUUCUUCUCACACUCCCAUUUUAGAAGAACCUUCUUCCAACACCCCCUUGAUCCUUCUAGAUGUUAACUUUUCUGACCCUAACAAUUAUUCCAAGCCAGAAAUUGGUCAGAAUUUGAAUGAUUUUCUAUGUGGGUUGUUUCAGGAUCCAAACAAAUAUGAACUUGCUUUUGAUUACUAUCAAAGACUCAAAGAGAGACCAGAGUUUAGACCAAAGAAAUCAACUUUGAACCAUGUGAUAAGGUACUUGUUGAGAUUCAAGAAGUGGGAGUUUUUUUCAUCUGUUUCUGAAGAUUUUAAGGUUUAUCAUGUUUUCCCUGAUGUUGCUACUUGCUCUAGGUUGAUUAGUUUUUGCAUUAAGAAUAGAAAGUUCAAGAUUGCUGAGAGUUUUGUUGAUGCUUUUAGCUCUAGUGGUGAAAUUGGUGUUUUGGCUUUUGGUUCUGCUUUUGAAAGUUAUAAUAAGCUUCAUAUGUUUAGGAGAACUAUUUUGGUGUUUGAGAAAAUGAUAUGCAAUGGUGUUGUUAUGGAUUCAAGAUGCUAUUUACAUGUUAUGGAAGCUUAUUCGAGAAUCGGUAACUGCAAUAGAGUUGUCGAAUUGUUUAAUGAGUUCGAGAGUAAGAAAUUAAGCGACUCGAAUAGAUAUUUAGGUCAAAUAUAUGGUGUUCUAUGUGAGUCACUAGGGAAAUCUAGAAGGGCUUUUGAAGCAUUAGAGUAUUUUAGAGAUAUGACUAAGAAAGGUAUUUCGGAAUACUCGAUUUACUCUACAUUGAUAUGUUCUUUCGCGAGCUUGCGCGAGGUUGAGGUUGCUGAGAAACUUGUAACGGAAGCUAAAAGCAAAACGACGAUAAGAGAUCCUGAUGUGUAUUUAAAGCUUGUGUUAAUGUAUGUUGAAGAAAGUUUGUUGGACAAGACAUUAGAAGUAGUUGAGGCGAUGAAGAACGCCAAUGUCAAGGUUUCUGAUUGCGUUUUAUGUGCUAUUAUCAAUGGUUUUAGCAAGAGAAGAGGGUUUUUAUCUUCGGUUAAUGUUUAUGAGAAACUCAUUUCGAAAGGCUACGAGCCUGGUCAAGUCACGUACGCGUCGAUAAUAAACGCCUAUUGUCGUCUUGGCCAAUACAUCAAAGCGGAGAAUGUUUUCGCCGAGAUGAUACAAAAGGGGUUCGAUAAAUGUGUCGUGGCAUACUCAAGCAUGAUUGUGAUGUAUGGAAAAACGGGCAGGUUGAGAAACGCAAUGAAGUUGGUUGCCAAGAUGAAAGAAAAAGGGUGUAAACCAAAUGUAUGGAUUUACAAUUCGUUAAUCGACAUGCACGGAAAAGAGAAGAAUUUGAGGCAGAUUGAGAAACUUUGGAAUGAAAUGAAGAGAAGAAAAGUUGCACCUGAUAAGAUUACUUACACUAGCAUCAUUGGUGCAUAUUUUAAAGCAAAAGAGUUCGAUAAAUGUAUUAAAAUUUAUAAUGAGUAUAGACUGAAUAAGGGUGUGAUUGAUAAAGCUAUGGCAGGUACAAUGAUUGGUGUGUACUCAAAUGUAGGUAUGGUUGAUGAAUUGGCGAAGCUUUUACAAGAUAUGAAAAUGGAAGGAACUGGUUUGGAUCAGAGGCUAUAUCAGUCUGCAUGGAAUGCUUUUACAGAUGCUGGAAUGGAAUUGCAGACAAAAUGGAUGAAAGAGAGUUUUCAUGUAACAUAG